GCACAACCGACGAAAUGGGUGACGCCAACAUCACAACGAGCGCCUGGAGGCUGGUCGAGGUCGGCCGUGUCGUCCUCUUCAACGAGGGUGUCUUCGAGGGUCGCCUGGCCACCAUUGUCGAGAUCAUCGACCACAAGCGCGUCCUUGUUGAUGGUCCCACCAAAGAGGCCCCCGUCCCCCGUCAGGAAGUCGCCCUCGCCAAGCUCUCCCUCACCCCCAUCGUCAUCCCGAAGCUGCCCCGCGCCACCGGUGUCGGUCACGUUGCGAAGAAGUGGGAGGAGCACAAGGUCCAGCAGAAGUUCGACGAGAGUGCCUGGGCCAAGAAGCGCGCUGCGCUCCAGAAGAGGAGGCAGUUGAACGACUUCGAGAGGUUCAAGGUCAUGAAGCUGAGGAAGCAGGCCCGCUACGAGGUCCAGAAGACCUUCGCCAAGAUCCGCGCCAGCGCAAAGGCAUAGAUGUUCACGAUUAUGUCGGGAGACACGGCGUAGUGGAGGUCGCUGCAUGCUGGUGCUGGAGGAAGCAUGAUGUGCAUUUCUUGAGCAUCCCAAAAGCGACCGACGGCAUUCUAAAAUUCAAGACCUGGAUCGGGUGCAUUAUUUCAAUGAUUGGCAAGGUGCAAUUCGGAUGGGAAGGUUAACACGGCUCUUGCUUGCAUCAACAUGUAGCAAAAGAGUCCAAUCCACAAGUUCAUGAACCGCAAACCGCAACUAGAAUUGCAAAUGAUACCCAUUGACUUCAC